ACAGAGCCUAAUCUACUUUAUUUACUUCGCGGACCGACGAGGAAAUUAUUCCGAGAGCUCCUAGAAUUUUUUUUAUAGAAGGAAUAUUUAAAAAUGCGAUUAAGGAUUUCACUAACGAAUACAUUAGUAUGUUUUUGCAUUUGUUUUGCGUUAGUGUUCAAAGUGCAAGGGUUUUUCGAAGAAGAAAAUUAUCCGAGAUAUUUAACAGCAGCGGUUGGUGACUAUAUUGUGUUUGAUUGUGACAUCGAUUUUCCAUUGGGAUAUCCGAUACCCUAUAGGCUGUUUUGGAAAAGACAGGAAAAUGUGAUUUUCUCGUGGUACGAUGGUCAUAUUACAGAAGCAGAUGAAUAUGUCGGGAGAAUUACUUUAUUGGACAGAAACACCUCAAACUCUAUAUUUUAUCGACAUGAUAUAACUGAUACACCAACUAAAAGGCAUUUUGGAAGAGCCUCUAUCAAUCUCACAUCUAUUAGGGAAUCAGAUGCUGGCUGGUAUGAAUGUAGAAUUAUGUUUCCCACAAGAACACCUGCGUAUAGAAAUAAUGGAACAUGGUUUCACCUUACUGUUAGUGGUGGUAAUUUAUUAGCAAUUCCUCCUAUAAAUCAGACAGUUCAAGAGGGAGAAGAAGCAAAGCUAGUUUGUGUGGUAAAAGAUAUGACAUUAAUCAGAAUGAGAUGGCUAAAAGAUGGUAUUCCGAGGGCUUCAUACCAAGACUUAUCACAAAGAUCCUGGGUGGAAAAAGAUGGUUCCCUCGUGAUUCAUCCUACUGAUAUGGGAGAUGUUGGAGAAUAUGAGUGUGAAGCCAGCAAUCAGGUUGGAGAUGUUCAAAGGGCAAAAGCAUAUCUAAAUGUUCAAUAUAAAGCAAAAGUAGUAUAUGCUCCACCAGAGAUUCACUUAGCUUAUGGCAGGCCGGCCAUGAUAGACUGCCAUUACAGAGCAAACCCACCUUUAACAAAUCUUAGAUGGGAAAAAGAUGGCUUUCUCUUUGAUCCCUAUAACAUACAAGGAGUAUUUUAUAGAAAAAAUGGAAGCUUAUAUUUUAGUAAAGUUGACGAAACUCAUGCUGGCAGUUAUACUUGCACUCCCUAUAAUGAAUUAGGAACCCAAGGUCCAUCUCCACCAAUAACUGUUAUAGUUCAGCGGGCGCCCAUUUUUACUCGAACACCUCAUAACUUGUACCUAAAAAAACUUGGAGAAAGUGUAGAAAUUCCCUGUGAGGCAACCGAUGGAACUAAUGGACAUAAGCCAAUCUUAGUUUGGACUAAAAAAGGUUCCAUUCUACCUUUGGGAAGAUAUUCAAUAAAUGAAGGUAACUUAACCAUAAGAGAUAUAGAAGAAGAAGAUCGCGGAGUGUAUCAAUGCUCUGCGACUAAUAAGGCUGCCACUGUUACUGCUGAAACUGAAUUACUAGUUGAAAAUAUACCAUCGACUGCUCCUUAUAAUCUAACAGCAGUUUCAUCAUCUACAUCCGUCCAUCUAACUUGGUUAUCCAGAAGGCAACGAAAUGUAGAGUUUAGUGUUUGGUAUAAAAAGAUAGAAAGCACAGAAUGGCGAACUUAUCAAGUGCCAUCAGGGCGAGCGCUGGAAGCUACGAUUACUAAUCUAGAACCAGGUACCGAAUAUGAGUUCAUGGUUCUUUGUAAAGACGAUAAUGGAGAAGGAGGACCCUUCAGUAAAUCAGUAAGGGUUUGGACUAAAUCUGAAGAGCAACAUGAAUCUAAUUUAUUUAAAGGCCCUGCACCAAUUGCUUAUCCCAGAAAUGUUGAAGCAAAACCUAUAGAUGACGGUCUUCUUGUCACAUGGGAUCCUCCUGAAUUUGGCAUGGAAUUAUUCAAAACCUAUAUUGUCAGGUGGAAUCAAGCAAUGGAUGAUUAUGCUUUUGGAUCAGCUGAAACUUUGGAUCAAACUUAUUUAAUUAAAAACCUAUUGGAUGGACUUGAAUAUGACAUUCAAAUAAUCGCUGUGUCAAUAGAUGAUCAACAGGCAAUCAGCGAAAAAAUAAGAGUCUUAUAUCCAGGAUUUAAAAGUAUUAAAGCUAUAUCAACAGGUAUUAUAGCAGGACUAAUAUUCCUGGGAAUAAUAUUUGUCGGAGUUUAUUUUGUGAGAAAGAGAUUUAUGCAGUCCAGCCCCUCACUACCCAUUAAGAAGUAACAUUCUAAGAUUAUUUAUGUUUUUUUUUAAGAGUUUAUUUUUGUUAAAUUUUAUACCCCAUAAAUAAUUUAGUAGGUACCUAAUUAAUAAGAAACGUGUAUAAAUAAACAUAUUUUGUUCUAUGUGAUUUUAAGUUUAGCUUAAACUACUAAGUUCUAGACUGAAUUAAAUGAAUAAAUAUAUUAUUUCUCUUAAAAGUUA